AUGGCCAACUUGCUGCCCUUUCGAGACAUCAACGUCCACGCCUCCACCAGCCAUUACGCUUUUACCUCACCCUCCAACUCCUCUGCGCCGACUCUUGUGGUGGAAAGACCCUCAGGGGAUAUCCGACUGAACGAUGGAUCUCUGUUGGGUGCAAAACGUGUUUCGAGUAUUGCUGGAAUUUUGGGCAUCAUCAAGCUGAAGCUGGACAAGUACAUCAUCGUCAUCACCAAGGCACAGCCCAUGGGUAGGCUACGGGGCCACAUGAUCUACAAGGUCGUCGCUACAGAGUUCCUCCCUCUACGAGAACGGCCCGUGCGCGAUCCCGACGAAGAUACCUAUCUCACUUACCUCAAGGCACUCCUCGCCUCGGGCCCUAUGUAUUUUUCUUACUCGAUUGACAUAACGUCCAGCUUCCAGCGCCAGUCCGAGUCAGAUCUCUCACAGCCAAUGUGGAAGAGAGCGGAUGACCGCUUCUUUUGGAAUAGGUUCGUCCAGACGGACCUCAUCGACUUCAGGCUCGGAGGCCUGAGGGGGCACCAACAGCCUGGCGCGGAUCCAUACAUCCUCCCGGUCAUGCAUGGCAUGUUGCGCAUUACUCCGGCAAAAAUCAAAAACACCCCAUUCACUUUCGCUCUUAUCACCAGGAGAUCCAGGUUUCGAGGUGGGACAAGGUACUUCUCUCGGGGCGUUGAUGACGAGGGCCACGUGGCGAAUUUCAACGAAACAGAGCAGAUUGCUUUGCUCAACGACGCCUCAGGCCCAACAGGCUACGCUGGUGGAAGAGGUAUGCAGAAUGGAAACGCCGGAGGCCGGCCUACAGAGACCCAAGUCAUGUCAUACAUUCAGACUCGCGGUAGUGUACCUGUCUUCUGGGCCGAGAUCAACGACCUCCACUAUACACCAAAGCUGCAAAUCCGAGGCGUGGAAUCCGCAGUCGAUGCCGCACGGAAGCAUUUUGAUGAGCAGAUUAGAAUCUACGGCGAGAAUUACCUGGUCAACCUGGUUAACCAGCGCGGCAGGGAGGAGCGAGUGAAGAAGGCGUAUGAACAGAUGGUCCGAAUCCUCGUCAGCUCUCCAGAAGAGUCAGUAGAGGCGGAUAUGCGCACGGACGACAAGUUCCGGGACAUCGAACCGCAGAACGGGCGCCAAAGAAUGGACAAGCUGCACUAUAUCUACUUUGAUUUCCACAGUGAAACCAAAGGAUACAAAUGGCACCGUGCCGAACUCUUGCUGGACGAGUUGAGAGAUGGCCUGAGGAAAGGGCAGUAUUUCCGGGGCGUCGAAAUGCCCGGCGACCCAUCUGGAGCUCUGGAAGUCAGAUGCCGGCAGACCGCAGUCGUGCGCACGAAUUGCAUGGACUGUCUGGAUCGGACAAACGUCGUCCAGAGCAUGUUGGGCAGAUGGGCCUUGACUCAACAAUUCCAAGAUGUCGGCAUCUUGCACCCUGGUGAGAGAGCGCAAGACGACAGAGCGUUCGAGUUUCUGUUCCGCAAUGUAUGGGCCGACAACGCGGAUGUGGUCUCCAAUUCGUACUCAGGAACUGGCGCGCUGAAGACGGACUUUACGCGUACCGGAAAACGGACGAGAGCGGGAGCGGUACAGGACUUCAACAAUUCCGCCACACGGUAUAUCCGCAACAAUUUCCUGGAUGGGCCGCGACAAGACGGCUUCGACCUCUUCUUGGGCACUUAUCUGCCGUCCACCUAUGGUGUCGGGUCUUCUUUGAUGUUCACGGACCGAAGACCACUCAUCAUUCAAGCUGUGCCAUAUGUGUUGGCUGCCUCACUGUUUAUUGUUUUCGUCUCAGUUCUCACUCGCCGACCUCCAGACGCAGCGAUCUGGCCGCUGCGUAUCUUUGUUAUUCUGUGCUUGGUCAUUGCCGGGUGGGCGUUCCAGUUCAUCUAUGCACAUGGACUGUUAUAUGUCAACUGGCCGAAACUCAAUACUCCAGCAUUCGCAAGUGAAGGGUACUCGGAGGCUUUGUCGAGGGCUCACAAGGACAAAGUUGUGGGGCAUAUCAUCGCGGCGGCAAGUGGCAAGGACAGGAGAGCCAGGAAUAUUAGCACGGCCAACAUGGGAUAUAUGGAAGAGGGCAAGAAGAGAAUAGAAUAA